AGGGUUCUCUGCAUUUCCCCCUCUUGGUUUGCGCAUGCGUUGCUGACGUAUUGCAGCCUAGGGUGGGGUGGGGCAUGGCUCUGGCAUGACAACUCCCAUCUGCCCCAGCCAGCAUUGCCCAGUGGUGGCCAGGGAUUAUGGGAACCAUGUUCCCGGACUUCCAGAGGAUGCGCCGCUGUAUUCUAUCCUUCUGGGCAUGGCUCUGUUUUAGGGAUCGGCGGUGUCUGAAUUGUGCCAUUUGGGGCUGCAUUUGGGGCAUAGCUGAAUCUUCCCUGGGAGGUCAGAGGAAAGUCUGCCCUUUCUCCUGACAUGUCUUCUGCUCUGCAAAACUGAGCUUGCAUGCACGGGCCAGAUCGUGCCUGGAUGCGAGCAGGCACGGAAACCCCCCUAGCGCUGCGUCUUGGCUCACCACCCCGUCCCCGGUUCCCUGUUCCAAACUGCAGCCCUGCUUGGCGGGGUCAUGCGCAGGGAGUGACAGAGGCAUAAUCCCCACCCUUCCGCAGUCUGGUCCUUUAAUUGGAUUUUCUCGGACAGACACCGGGUCUCCUACAGGCCUGGAGCGAUGCGAUUUCAGAUCAAACGGGAACCUUGGGGGCACUUAGCAAGACAAAGAGGGCAUCUUGUACCUGGAGCCAGAGGCCCACGCCUGGGGAGAUGUCUCUCACCUUGGCUUUCCCCCACCCCCCACUGUGUUCCCUAACCUUAUCUCGGCUACCUUUAACCAAGGAAUCCUUCCUUCCCUGCAGUAACAUUCCCUCCUUCUCCACCCCGCGUAUGUGCGGUUCACUCUGCUUUCCUCCUCCCUAGAUGUGAGCGGAGCCGGAGAAGAGAAUCCCGGAGCUGGUGGCUGGAGCUGCGUGGGAGAGACCGGGAGAGCGAGGCGCGCAUUCCUGCGACAGAUACAUUCCGGAUCGCCCCCCGAGCUGCUCCGGCUGAACCCGGCCGGAGCUGCGCGCCCCAUCCUGCCUGCGCUGGCUUGUUUCUUCUGGAGCGACGCUCCCCAGAGCAUUCGGCUCUUCGGACGGAUCGGGAGAUAAUUUGCGCCCUUGGCCAGGUCGCGCUUUCAGGCCCGGCCUGCGCCUACAGAGAUGUACCCAAGUUUAGCCAUGACGGCCAACCAUGGUGCCCCGGCCUAUGAAGGGACCGGAGGCUUCAUGCCCGGGACAGCCGCCACUUCCGUCUACAUCCCCACCACGAGGGUCCCCACCAUGAUCUCCAACUUGACCUACCUCCAAGGGAACAGCUCGUCCCAGCAAGGUAGCCCGGUCUCCAGCCACUCCAUCUGGACUCAGCCCGGGGCCGAGAGCGUUGCCUACAACCCGGGGACCUCGCACCCCUCCGUGUCCCCGCGCUUCCCCUUCGCCACCUCCAGCCCGAUCCCCGCCACCCCGUCCAGGGAGGCGGCUGCCUACAGCGGCUCGCUCAGCAGGGAGCCCUACGCCGCCCGAAGCUUUAGCGGGUCCUAUUCGGGUCCCUACCCGGCGACCUAUAUGAGCCCGGAGUUAGGCACGACCUGGACUUCGGCGCCCUUCGACAGUUCCGUGCUCCACAACCUCCCGAACCGGGGCAACCCCGCAGCUGCAAGACACACCAACCUUGAGUUUUUCGAUGACUACUCCGAAGGCCGGGAAUGCGUCAACUGCGGGGCCAUGUCCACCCCGCUCUGGCGGCGGGACGGCACCGGACACUACCUGUGCAAUGCCUGUGGCCUUUAUCACAAGAUGAACGGCAUCAACCGGCCGCUGAUCAAGCCCCAGAGGCGGCUGUCGGCCACCCGCCGGAUCGGGCUGUCGUGCGCCAACUGCCACACUUCCACAACCACACUGUGGCGCCGGAACGCCGAAGGAGAGCCCGUGUGUAACGCCUGCGGGCUGUACAUGAAGCUCCACAGGGUCCCGAGGCCCUUAGCAAUGAGAAAAGAGGGGAUCCAAACCAGGAAGCGUAAGCCAAAGAACUUAAACAAAUCCAAGACAUCUGCUGGACCCCCCAGUAAGGAAACCCUCGCCUCCGCCAUCAGCUCGGCCACCAGCACCACCACCACCAGCACCACCGUUGCCGAAAUGCGCCCCAUCAAGACCGAACCGGAGAUCUCGUCUCACUAUGGGCACCUGAGCCCCGUUCCUCAGGCCUUCUCUGUCGCUGCAAUGGCCGGGCACGGAUCGGCUCUCCACUCCACCAUCUCGGCCCUGAAACUUUCCCCACAGCCGUACCAGCCGGCCCCCAGCCAGUCCCCCCAGCCUGGCUCCAGGCAGGAUCACUGGAACGGCUUGGUCCUGGGGGAAAGCAACGGAGACGUCAUUUCCUAACUCCUCCGCCCUCGGCAGAGGCUCGGAUCCGAAGACUGCUUGCCGCGCUUCAGUGAAGACGAGGUGGUUUCUCUGUUUCCCUCCGGCUUUCUUCCCUGCCCGCUUUCCUGGUGGCUCGCUGGAGCCAGUCCUGCCAGAACCGUUUGAAUGUCUGCGCUAGCCCUUCUGAAGUCAAAAGCACCGUCCCGCUGGGAAGACGCCAACACGCUUGCAACAGCUGAAGCGAGCUGAAACGUUUCGUCUCGAAUCACAACCGCCUUCGUGAGUGCCAUGGCCGGGCGUGCCAAAUUAAGCGUGCAAUUGUGAGCAUGAUUGCUCAGAUGAAAUUCUCACCUGUGCAGCCGUUUCUUGUGCGAAUGCACACAGCAUUGCAAUUUAACACUUCAGAAGGGACACACUGGCCCCACUCGCUUGGACAACGGUGUUGUACACACAGCUUGACUUUCCCCCCUCUCUUUGGGUUUCUGCUCCGACGCAAAAGGAUGGGAGGAUGAGAAAAAAGGGACGUUUAUAGGUCUGACCUCCUCCAAAGGAGCUUCUAUCUCGCCUGCACACAGUAUUAAGGUGUUUUUACCGGUUCAGCCACAGCUCAGCAAGGGUUGAAAAAUGGCGUGAUGGGAAUGGAUGUGGAAAAUAUGGGGCGUUCCCCCCCCCCCAUAUAAAAAGAGCAGCUGUAAUAUGUGGACCAGCAUUUUCUAGUGCGACAGGCUGGCGGCCGGCCUCUCUUCAAAAUUUGGCUCCACAGGCAGCCGAAUCGCUCUGUUCAGCCUGAGAUACGCAGGCGGGAGAAGAGUGGGGCACAUUGCUGGCCGUGGGACCAGGCCGUGGGCUGGAUUGGGCCCCGCAACCCCUUCCCCAUCCAGUUGUCCAACUGGGCCUCCCGCAAACCAGUUCCUGACUGGGAUUGUAGGACUGCUCUCCUCCCUGGAAGGCUACCUGCAGGCGUAAUGCAUUUACCCGCUUCCCUGUUCUGGUUGUCCUCCUUUCCAAGCCCAGGAUUGUUUUCAUAAAAGCUAAGGGUUUUUUUAAAAAAAAACAUACCUCCAAAAAGGGGAUGCAGCUAUAAACACGAUAACGGGGUUGGGCUUAAAAGAAAAAAGUCAGCUUGAGAUUCAAAAGAGAAAGAGCUGGUUUGAGUAGCAAUGAGUCCUAACAGUGGAGACUCCAGGAAAAGACCUGGAAGGGGACUUCAGAGCUUUUGGGGGGAUGCAGCCUGGCAUCACGGGGGCCCUGGCUUCAGAGACGGCGGGAAUCCCAACUGGAUGCACAGGAAUUGUGUGGAUCCAGACCGUUCCAAAUACCUGCUGCAUGCCGGUGUUCACAGAACUCCCUUUCUGUCACUUCGAUUGCCCACUGCCCCAUUCCGAUCGAUAAAUCUAAUAAUCCUGCCCUUGAAAGCAGCUGUUCCCACAUUCCUCGCCCCGGACUUUGUGUCACCCAUAAGCUCUCAUAGAAAUGCUUCUUUUGCCGAGCAGAGCUUGGAGGAGAGCGGGUGGACCAGAAGGCGUCCAUCAGAAGCACCUUCCGGCAGACUUCAGGCACAAGCAAAGGAAUUUGUUAGGCUGUGGAUGGUGGAGCCUACCAAGCUAAGACACAACCUACUGGUCGGGUUGCCAACGUUUUUCCCUGCCUUUGCUCCUGUGCUUGAAGCGGCCUCUUUGUCUGCAGUGUUAGCAGUUUCAUCAUGCUGGGCCCGAAACAUGGACUUGUCAGUUUUGCAAGACUGUUCUGCACCUGCGGGCACAAAAGUGAGGCAGGCCUUUUCCCCUGGUCAGUUGGCAACUCCGUUGCAUCCGCCUUGUGUUUGAGAUUUGUGAGUCCAGGGAGAGACCACAAAUACUGGCUGUGCAUACUUCAGGUUUGAUCUCUGGCAUUACCAGAGGACUUGAAAGAUAGCAAGCCUUACCUAUGCAAGACAGAACACAGGAGGCAGUAUCUGUGUGAACAAGUGAGCGAACAAGAAUAGCAUUCAGCUCUCUUUUCAAAUCAUCCAGAUAGAGCUGCAAGGUUUAUUUAAUUAAUUGAAGACAUGCAUAUUCGAGAUCUUCAGCAGCAUACCCCAAGCCAUUCAAGAAGUCUUUUUUAAAGCAGAGGAGCAGGGUGAAAAUAAUUUCAGGUGAAUUCCUACGCACAUUUAGACAGAAAAAAGGCCUGUGAUUUCUAGUGUGCCCGGCCAACAUAGCUGGGAAUUGUAGGCCCCUUUUCUGUCUAAACAUGCAGAGGCCUCAACCUGAAUUAAAGAAGUAAUCCAAGUGCCUGAGGUGAUGUGUUUUGCAUUCAGGAGGGUCCCGGUUGAUCCGCUGGAGUCCUCUGCUUAAGGGAUCUGCAAGAAAACGCUUCUAGUCUGAGAGUUUCCGCAUGCAGCUGGUUCUGGACUACCUGGACAAGUCUGUCUGUGUGUCACCAAUAGGGUGCCUCUGAAUACUACAACCCUCCAGCAGCUGGAAUUGUUGUUCUCGCUGGAAGAGAAUCAUGGUCUGUUUUGGACAUUUGCUCAUGCUACCAAUGAGGAGCCCCCAGCCCUCUUAGCCCUUUCUGGGGGACCCCGUGCCACGGUUUUAGAUGGUUACACAGAAGCCACGCUUGGGUUUCAUGGAUUUUAAAGGACCAGUCUACAUUCCCUUCCACGAUUCAACUGCCGGAUGUGUCGAGAUCGGAUCUCCUUUUCCUCCUGGAUUAAACCGUUUGCCCCCGCAUGCAGCCUUCAUAGAAGCUAAGUGGAGAGACUGCCAGGGCUUGACCACGUUUUCAUUCCCCUUUCUGCACCCCUGGGUGCUUCUCCAAGGAAGUGUAUGUCUCGCUUCGUACAUAAAUGUGUAAAUCUGUGGAGGCCGGAUGUGUACACACAGCGCGGCCUGACUACAUACAGUCGGUUUGUGCACAGGGCUGUUGUUAAGAAGCUUGUUACUUGACGUUAUCGGAGGCUGAGAGUUAAAAAUGUUCAUGAACUGGGCACCCAAAGGACGGUUGCCAACUCUUUCUCCUGGCCUUGCUCUGGUGCCUUUAGCCAGUUGUAAAAGAUUGUAAAUCUAACAAACUGGGGGAGGGGAUUCUUCAGUGAUAUUGACUGAUACACAAGAAAUACUUUGCCCACUAAAUUCAUGGUUUGGGUGGGUGGCUGUUUUUAAACAAAGCUGGAUAUGUCCCAGCGUAUCCUCUUUGGGCUUCUUUUCACAAAGGAAGUAAACCCAUAUCUGAUGUUUAUCAUCACCAGAGCCACUUCGUUAAACUUCGAUAAAUGGAAAAGCCACAAACUGGCUCAGCAUGGAGAGAAUUCGAAGGAGACCCGUCUUGGGUUGUUGUGGGCUCAGGCAAUUUGAACCCUUAAGUUCGCUGGUUUCCACCUGCCCCUGGAAGUGCAGUCCCAGGUUGCUCCUUCAGUGAGCAGACAUGUAGUUCACCUGAGCAGGAGAUCUUAGAUUCAUUCAUUUUUUAAAAAAUCUGUCCAUGUGCUUUUAGCCUGGGGAGUUUACAUGCAACACUGCCGAAUCUCCCCAGCAAAAUGCCGUUCAGAAAGAUGUUUGCUUGCAAAGGGGCAGAAGAGACAGGGCCAGAACAAGUUUAAAAUUAUUUAAAGUUAUAAUAUAUGUGUGUGUGUGUAUGUGUAUAUAUAUAUAUUUUAUGAAUCUACUUACCAACUUACAUACCAACUUCACCCAAUAGACUGAAUGGAAAUAAACCAGAGGCAUUCAUUUCCAGGUAAAGAA